UGAGUGCACCAUGAACCUCCUGGUGAGCUUCGUACCCUUGGUCCUCCUUGCAUGGAGUGGUCCGUGUGCGGGGGCACUGCCCUCAGAGGACCGACCGGCACUGCUAGGCAAUGGGGUCUUGGCGAACGAGCACGGCGAGUUUCUGCUGAAGAUGCUGGCUGGCCUGGCGGAGCUCAGCCGGCUGGAGAAGGAGGAACGCGGUUUGGACGGUGAGCCGCUGACGCCGGCCAAAUUCGGGGUGAGGUCCCUGGCUGGCCGGCCUCGCUCGCCCUGCAAGAACUUCUUCUGGAAGACCUUCUCCUCCUGUUAGCGGUGUUAGCAGUGUCAGCUGCUUCCACACCGCAGGCCUGUUCUGGCUCAUUUGUGCAUCAUCGCAUUAGUAUGAAUAAACUGCUCAAUGUGA